UGCGGUCACGUGUCUGCAAACAAUUAGAACAGGAAGCGAUACUGUAGCAUCAAGGAACCCACGAUAAAAUACACAACAAUGAGAUUAUUUAGAUAGCGUCAGGCUUACUUCAGUUGUAAAGAAGCAUCCAAGCUCUCGGAAAGAUACACUCUUUCAGCCAUUGAAGAGAAGGGCCCUGCGGUGGAGGUUUUGUUAACAGGCUAACUUGAGUCGAAGUCGGACCAAGCCCCAAAAUGACUGCAUCUGUGUUCUUCGGGUGUACAUUCAUCGCUUUCGGCCCUGCCAUUGCACUGUUCUUGUUUACUAUUGCCAGGGACCCACUCCGAGUGAUAUUUCUUAUCGCUGGGGCGUUCUUCUGGUUGUGUUCUCUGCUGCUGUCUUCACUUGUGUGGUUCAUCACAGUUCAGAUCAGCAACAAAGAGAGUUCCUCCCAGCAGAAAGGACUGCUCAUAUUCGGGGUGGUGCUCUCCGUGCUGCUGCAGGAGACUUUCCGCUUUGGCUACUACAAGCUGCUGAAGAAGGCAAACGAAGGCUUGCUCAUGUUGAGUGCAGAGGAAACCAUGCCGAUCUCCAUACGACAACUAGCCUAUGUGUCUGGGCUGGGGUUCGGCUUCAUGAGUGGAGCGUUCUCAAUGAUCAAUAUCCUGGCCGAUUCUGUGGGCCCCGGCACCAUUGGUAUCCAUGGAGACUCCCAACACUUCUUCCUGUCCUCAGCCUUCAUGACCAUGGCCAUCGUCCUGCUCCACAUGUUCUGGGGGGUGGUGUUCUUUGAUUCCUGUGAGAAACAACACUGGUGGUCUCUGGCUGUGGUCGUCAUCAGCCACCUCCUCGUCUCCUGUCUGACAUUCCAGAACCCUCAGUACGUGGGCAGCCUGGUUCCCACCUACAUCAUCGUGUUCCUCGUGGGUCUCUGGGCGUUCUUCUGCGCCGGGGGAUCUCUCCGGAACCUUAAACUCUGCCUCACCUGCAAAGACAAGGACUUCCUGUUGGCCAACCACCGGCCCAGAUAACAGAACACCACUAAACACACACACACACACACACGCUGUAUGGGGACGCUAUCCAACAGGACACACACCACACAAACAAAUAAAUAAGUUAAAGACAAACUGGGUCAAUGAUAUGUCUCUCCCCUCCCCCACCAUGUGUUCUGUGUAUCAUUGUUUCAGUGGUGCUGGGGACUGGAAAUAGGCUCCAGGGAUGUAGCAGUAUAAAUACACGAUACACUACAGUAUAAAUAUAGUCCAGAGAGGAAAUAUUGUUCAAACACCUUUUUAUUUUGUGAUGGGCAGAUGUAUUACACUGCAUUAGUAAUAGAAUCAUCUAGAAUAAUCUAGAGUUACCACUACAUCCUUGGCAGUCGCUGCUCAGAACGGUUGAUCAACUGUUUACAGACGGGGGGGACGGUGACAAACACAUUAUCUGUGUGUAGUUUUAAAAUGUAGGGUAUGUAGUUCCUUAACGAGACGGUACCUAUUUGACACCAGACGGGUCUCUCUCUGGAUCUGUGCCUUCUGCAGUAAUGAUGAGGUAGCUAGUGUUUUGGCCCUGUAUUCAUAAAGCAUCUGAGUAGAAGCGCUGAUCUGGGAUCAGACCCCCAUGUCCAUGUAAUAUUAUUCACUGUAAUCUAGGAUCAGAUCCCCCAUGUCCAUGUAAUCUUAUUCAUUAUGAUCUAGGAUCAGAUCCCCCAUGUCCAUGUAAUAUUAUUCACUAUAAUCUAGGAUCAGAUCCCCCAUGUCCAUGUAAUCUUAUUCACUAUAAUCUAGGAUCAGACCCCCCCCCAUGUCCAUGUAAUUUUAUUCACUAUAAUCUAGGAUCAGACCCCCCCCCCCCAUGUCCAUGUCAUUUUAUUCACUAUAAUCUAGGAUCAGAUCCCCCCCCCCCCAUGUCCAUGUAAUCCUAUUCACUAUAAUCUAGGAUCAGACCCCCCAUGUCCAUGUAAUCUUAUUCACUAGGAUCAGACCACCCCCCAUGUCCAUGUAAUCCUAUUCACUAUAAUCUAGGAUCAGACCCCCCAUGUCCAUGUAAUCUUAUUCAUUAUAAUCUAGGAUCAGAUCCCCCCCCAUGUUCAUGUAAUCUUAUUCACUAUAAUCUAGGAUCAGACCCCCCCAUGUCCAUGUAAUCUUAUUCAUUAUAAUCUAGGAUCAGAUCCCCCCCCCAUGUCCAUGUAAUCUUAUUCAUU